UCAACCAUCCCUCUUCCCUCGUGGCCAAGGACGAAGCCCUUCCUCGUAGGAAUCCGGUGAUCCAGGUCUGUCGAUCCUUCAUACAAGAACCCCUUCGCUGCCCGCGGACCCAAACGCACACGUCCGCGCGCACACCACGCGUCGCCCCCGAUCUUGCGCGCGGCGUACGGCCUGCCUAUCCUGUUGUCAGGAAAUCGACCACCUCCCGGGCAACGAUGGGUUCCAUGGGAUGCGUCUGACGCUAGGCGGGUCAGCGGGUCUACUGGAAAUUGGAAAGCGGAUCCGCAUGGCGGCGUCCUACCCUUGGAUGACAGGCAUUCGACAUCAUUGGAUAAUGGUACUCGUGAUGGCGCCUCUAUCACCGCACUUAAAGGCCAACCCGUUCUGCUGCUGCACCUCUUAUCUGGCCUCUGCCUCGCCCUACGAGGUCGCGUAUGUCCUCCACUCCUUUGUCCAUGUUCUCGAUCAGCGCAAGAUCUACGCAGGGUCUGCUACAUGCGCCGAACUCAUGUCUUGUCUUCUGUCGCAUCGGUCACGUCUACUCGCUGGUCCCACCUCGCUGCGGUACAGGUUCAUGCCGGCAAUGGACAACUACUACGCGGUAGACCCAUCACAGCUCUGGUACGAUGGCUUCAUGGUUCAAUGUUCGCGAGGGCCACCGGAGCUUCCGAGAUCGGAGGUACUCGCAUCCCCCGCGCACAUCGUUCACUUGGGCCUUCUCCCGCGUAUCAACAUUCGUUCUGGCGCACUGACCACUCCGUGUGGGAUGAUUCGUGCAUGCAUGACCACCGAAUUGUGGAUGUCGUGCCACCGCUAUGGCGUCGGGGGUUCCGACCCAACGGGCUGCACCUAUUGACGCGUUCGUGGCUAUCUGAUGGAAGACACCAAGAUCGCGCACACAACGGGCCAGACACCACCAAGACGCUCAAAUUUUCCGGAGGAUGCCAGGCUGUAAGGUUCUACGGUU